AGGGAAUUGUUGAUUUGUAUAUAAAAAAACUUUACCAUCGGAAACUUAAGGCCACAAGCGAACCGAUAUUUCAGGGGGGAAAUGUGGAGAGUACAUCGUCUGAGUAUCGCGUUGUCUGCAGGAGCGCAGAUGUGAGGAACAUAUCGUUUUCUCACGCUGGAAACGCGCUUUUGGGUGUUCAUGAUGAGCACAAUGUUCUCCUCUUUUUCUUAACCGGUCUCCAUCGAGCUUACCGCCUCAGUUAGUGAUUUAGGGCGUGAGAACUCAAUUUGCUCCUCGAUAUCAAUGCAUCUUAUAGAGCCGUAAUUCUUUUAUUGUUUUAUUCAUGCAGAAAUGAUUUUCUUCCCAUUUUUUUCCCAGUCUUUUCUUGUUUUGCCCACCACGGGUUUCAAGUGUAAUUCUGUAAGAAAUAUUUGUAGACGACAUGUGUUUAGGAGCCUAAAUCUGUGACUAAAUGCUGCAGGAAUCGCUUUGUACCAUGUGCGAAUAAGCGGUCAGAUCGAGCGGAGCCGCCGGCGAGAGGAGAAGAAAGAAAACAGGCAUCGCGGAUAUAAUCUGGGAAAUAAUUGCUGAUGAAGAAGAACAAGCAACGGACAUUUGGUAGAAAAGAAUGGCUGCACCUGAUCUUCUGGAUCCAAAAACAGCCGCUCAUAACUCCAAGCCUCGCUUGUCCUUCUCCACCAAACCCAUCGUGUUAAACACCGAAGAGGACACCAUCACUACAGUGAUGAGGUGGAAGACUGUGUCGGCCAUCUUCCUCCUGGUGGUGGUCUACCUCAUCAUCGGGGCCACCGUGUUCAAAGCCCUGGAGCAACCCCAUGAGAUCGCUCAGAAAGAGGCGAUCGAGACCACAAAGCUCAAGUUCCUCGCCAGUCACUCCUGUGUCAAUUUAUCAGCUCUGGAGGAACUUGUGCAGCAAGUGGUGUUAGCCAUCCGGACGGGGGUCAACCCCUCGGCGUCCAAUCAGACGAGUCUGUGGGACCUCAGCAGCUCCUUCUUCUUCGCCGGCACCGUCAUCACCACAAUCGGUUUUGGGAACAUCUCCCCCCACACCGAAGGCGGGAGGGCGUUCUGCAUCAUCUAUGCCCUGCUUGGGAUCCCCCUGUUUGGCUUCCUGCUGGCCGGAGUUGGGGAUCAACUCGGGACCAUUUUCGGCAAAGGGAUCGUCAAAGUGGAGAAAAUCUUUGUGAAGUGGAAUGUGAGCCAGACCAAAAUUCGCGUGACGUCCACAGUCCUCUUCAUCCUGUUCGGCUGCCUGCUCUUUGUGACCAUCCCUGCUGUGAUUUUCAAACAAAUUGAGAGAUGGAGCACUUUGGAAUCCAUCUAUUUUGUGGUCAUCACUUUAACGACCAUUGGAUUUGGGGACUUUGUUGCAGGUGGCUCUGAAAUUGAGUACGAGCAUUACUACAAGCCCAUUGUGUGGUUCUGGAUCCUGGUGGGCCUGGCUUACUUCGCAGCUGUGCUGAGUAUGAUAGGAGAUUGGUUCCGGGUCAUAUCAAAGAAAACGAAAGAGGAGGUGGGUGAGUUCCGGGCGCAUGCAGCCGAGUGGACAGCGAACGUGUCAGCUGAGUUCAAGGAGACGCGCCGGCGCCUCAGUGUGGACAUCUACGACAAGUUCCAACGGGCAGCCUCCAUUAAGCGCAAGCUGUCCGCCGAGCUAGGCCUCGGGCCAGGCCAGGAGAUGACACCGGGCAAGCGGACCCUCUCCGUAAACUUCGUCGAGGAACAUGAUCGGGAGCGUGAGCUCCCCGCGCUCACCAAGAACGGCAGCCUCUACCUGAACGGCCUUACCCCCGAUUUCGCCAACCGCGCGGAGAUAGCUAUCAUCGAGCGUGUCAAGUGAACGCGCACUCGCCCCGAGGUCCCCGUUUGCAUCAAGUCGGGGGAGCCACGCAACUGUAUCAUCAAAGAUGAACCCGAAGUAGUUACUCCACACAACGGCACCAUGGAGGAAAAUAACGAAAUCUCCUGUAAUCAAAAGUAUCGAUGCCCAUUAAUGUAAAGAAGUCAAUGAGGUUAUUUGAUGCCUUCGAGCAGCCAGUGAGUCUGUCCAGUGUCACAAGCAGGAUGAUUUAACCACAAGGCUGGGACCUUUGCUUGGGUGUAAUCUCAGCAUUUUACCUAAGGAAUAACACUUGUGCCUUAAAUGUCAAAAGAAGCUACUUUUUUCCCCAUGCAUGAAUAAACAAGGCAAACAUAAUUUUGUUAAUCAGAUAUUUUAAUGAAACAUUACGUGUCCCUCUUGUUCCUUAACUGCGGCUUGAAAAGUACGAGAGAAGGAGGCAUCAGGAGGUCAGGAUACCUGGGCGCCUCUGGUUUAUACCACGGAAACCUGCUAGACCGUCUGGAUUGAGGACUGGAUUAAAGGGAAGCCUGAAGAGAGGACCAGAGUCUGUGUGGAUGUGAUGCAGGUUCAGCUGGCCUGUGUUCAGCAUGGUCGCUGCUUUGUAAAGCUGCACUUCAAAUGUUCAUUAUUGAGUAUUUAUCCAGGCUGCCAUGUCUCUCCAAAAGACACAACAAGCCGAGGUUGUUUGCUGAGAAAGUCGAUAGAAUGACUGAUGCAGCUUCGUGAAGAUGUGAGUUGGAUCCAGCUGUUUUUUCCACAGCUUGACACCCAAAAAUAUUUCACAGCUGGUGCCGGUGUGGUUUCUGUUUUGUUACCAUCGCGGGGGCAUGAGGAAUUUUUCUAGAAGUAUCACAACACAAUCAGCAUAACAGGCAUGAAGAAACAUACCAAAACGUACUUUAUAAUUGAACAACAAUUCUUUAAAAAGACUAUUUUAGGAAAGCUUUGUUAAAUAAACUAUUUAAAAAAUGAACAAAUCACAUCUCGAUAUGCUAAGAUAUGCACAUCUUUCAUUUUUCAUAAUUUUUUAAACCUGUUGACACGUUAAAUUUUGGCAUUAGUGUUGGAGACUGUUGAAUUGGGAGCCUGUUUUUAGGUUGCAGUGUUUCUUCCAGCUGUUUGUCUCUAGUUAUCUUUAAAAAGUACUUUGUUAAAAUAAUAAUUCAAAGGUGUCAGUUGCCUGCACAACGAAAACAAAUUUUGCUGUUUAAUACACUAAACGACUGACUUUGAAUGUUGAUUUUUUUUUUUUUACUAUAAUGUCUAUUUAGAAACACGAAAGCUGCGUUGUGUGUGUCCGGCUAUGAAACUAUCAUCAGAGCCGUGACGCUGUUUAGAAAAGAUUUGAAUAGAUUUGCCUCCUGAACGUAUGAUUGUCAAGUUUAUCUCUUGUUCAUUUACUCCUGAUUACACAUGACUUAACCAAGAAUACAGAAAGGCAACAUCACCUUCACCCACACCCUUACACUUAUACAAAUGAGUCAAUAACACGUUAGAAGGUAAUGAGGUUAAUCAAACUGGCCAUGAGGUUAUCCUCCCUAACCAGGUAACCAGCAUACAAGCGAUACAGCUAAUGACACAGUCAUCUGAAGGUGUAGCACUAACACGAAGGGUCUCCUUCUAGACUCCUUUCUUUUAAUCCCUGGUGAUGUAUUUACAAUAACUUAGGGAUACGAAACCGGGUAUAAUAUCUUAUCAUUAAUGUACAGUUUGGUGCAGUGACACUGCGUAUGCAGUGCAGUGAUUGGGUGGGUCACGUUUGCUGUGGUGAUGCUUCACAACAUGAUGUGUCCACGUUGCUGUCUCUGUCUUACUCCACCAGCAGUCUCACUUUCAGUAGUAUGUCGAUCUUUGACCUUUUCCAGGCACCUUUUAGCAACCAUUUCACUAAAGCAGUGAGACGAUUUCAGCUACAAUAGAAAACUGAAUUAGCAUUCAGUCACCAUUGUCAGAACAAGUAACUUGGCAGAAAAAUGAUGACAUUCUUGGCUGAAUCCAGCAGCAAAACCUUUGCAUUAACAUCUCAAGAACUGAUGCAGGUUCUUGUCAAUUAAUUUUACAGGCCAGAUUUUUAUAAUUAAUGUAAAAUAUCUGUUUGUUUAUUUUUUACCAGAUUAAUAAUUCGAGAAAAUUCAGUUACUUAAAUGCGAUUAGAGCUAAAUCGCAUGCUAGAUUUAUUAAUGGCACAUAGAUCUAAAUGGGGGAUUCUCACUUCUACCUGGUUUCAGUUUAUUAGAAAGUGUAUUUGUAUGAUCACUACUGUUUUCUUUCAUGAGGAACUAUGGACCAGCAGUAUAUACUUGUAUGAGCUGAAGUGUUAUUCUGAAAGUGCAAUUUCCUUCACCACUUAGAACAUCAUAAUUAGGCAUUUUUGUGUGGAAAGCUCCAGAGUCCCCGCAAGAGUCUGAAGUAGCUACUUGCAGAGGUCGUGUCCUUAACCACGGCUCCGCCUGAGCCACCCAAAGAGGAUCGAUCCCGAUUCAGUCUCUCAGCUUUGCCACACACAUAGAUGCUCAUUUAACUUAAUGGAGCUCUCAACAGCAAUGUCUACAAGAUAACAGCCACUGGGAAAUUACCCAGAGAUCAGUCCCACGGCUGCUACCAACACAGUGCUCCAGUCUGUGCACGUGGACCUGGGCUUUCAUUUUUGAUGCAAAGGCAAAAGACUUUAGUUUAUCUAUUUAAUAUUGUGCCAAUGUUUCUGAAUGCAGAGACGGUUUAUCCAUGAUGUGAGAGUAUUGAAAUGCACUCUGCAUUGUCCUUGGCACCAGAUAGUGGUGACUGUUUGCCUUUCAGUUUUAGGAAAUGUGACUUCCUCUAACCAGGCCCUGCACCAGCUCUGGGGUAGACCACUGGAUCAUCCUGAGGCUGUGUUUCAGUGUAAAGCUGGUUCAUACCUCUCCGCACACGUACUAGCAGACAUGUCCACGCGAACAUUUAUGAUGCGUUUGACGUCAUUGUGCACCUCCUCGGUCAAACGCUUGCUGCACUCCAAAUCUGUGUCCGUGCAACUCUGGACACACUGCAUGUGAUUGAUUUGCUAGCUUUAAAUACCACAUAGUCCACUUUAAAUACCAACAGGGAUGCUUUUGACAAGCAUUGUGGUAGUUUGCAAACCCUACAGACUAUUUACAAGGUACUGUAACUGUUACAUACAUGUAAAUGUGUAUGCAUGUCUGUGCAGAAUCGUCUCGAAUUGAAAAUCUCACACCAGUCAGCUGACCGAAGUUGGCAACCCUGUGAGCUGGCUCUCUGAAUUUGUAAAACAUAGAGAAACUGACACAAAUCUCACUGCUGUGGUACGUGCACAGAGGAUAUCAGAACAAUAAUUUAUAAUAUUAUUAAUAAAAAUAUGAAUAAAGUUUGUGCACAUGUGCAAAGAGCACGGUUUGACUGGAGAACUAUGAACGCUUCAGAUUGCAUAUGCAGAGUGCUUAUGCAGAGAAGUAUGAACCAGCCUUAAGAUAACUCCUAGUUACAAUAAUCAUUAAAGACAUUCUGUGACUGGUUGAUGAAAGGUGGGGCUAGCUCAUGAUUGGGUGGGUCAUGUUAAGCCUGGGCCUGCUUCUGACCAGGUCAGAAUACAGUGGUGGAGAAUGAAUGGAUUUGCUUGAAAUAACUUUGCUUGAUAUGAGUUGGCAGAUUAUGUCUCUGUAUGAAUUCAUAGACCUGCUAGAAGAGCAGAUUACACCUACAGUGUGUCCUGUUGAUAGCACUUCAUGUGUCUUAUGCGUCUUCUACUUAAAGAAAAGCAAUCAACACCAAAUAGAUACCGCCAAAGGAACUGUGCCUUUGGAGAUACCAAUGAAUGCCUCCUGGGGGUGUUCAAGCUGCGAGAAGCAAGCUUGACGUAUGAAAAAUGGUUCAUUCUGGACUGUAGAGCGAUGUUCUCCUCCCCACACCCCAGCUCAUCCACGAUGUGACUUGAGAGGACAGUAAAUCAUCUUGCUGUCGCCAGUGUAGCCGUGAAAAGUGAGAAAUUUGUUGCACAAGGGCAUCCAAGGGCCCCAAGUAAACAGAACACUGAGCACUAAAGCUCAUUUUAGACACAUUUCUGUAAAAUUCUCCUUGAUUGACGUAGCCGGGGAAAGAUGCGUACCGUGUUAUGAUGAGCGUGGAUAUAAUCCUUUAGAUGAGAGCAAUGAGAUAAACCUUAUGGGCAUUGUUGAGUAAGUAUGGACUCCGAUGUUACGUUAUGAAUGUAACUUAAACCUGAACAAUAUCUCUUAAGAAUGCUCUGCUUCUAAUGAUAAAGAAUAUCCAGUGUUUCAUUAAUUGUGUUGUGAAGCACAAACCGCCAGUCUAAUAGCGUGAGGUAAAAAGUAAAAAUUUAGUCAGAAAAUGUCUAGUCUUAAUGGACUAGAAGUCACUAACUUAAUUACAUUUUAAUUUAGAUUGAUUACAUUUUGAGAAAAUUCAACUAUGAUUGUAUUACAUUAAAAAUACCAUCAUCAAUAUAUUACAAUGAAUAGCUUUAGAUAUAUAUUUCUCAAAACCUUUUAUGCACAGUUUAAAGGUAAUGUGAAUGAAAAUUUUAAUUGCGAUUGCAUGCCUGUCAUAGUUUUCUGAUAUUAACCUUUAAAUGCAUUUAUGUUUUUUGAAAUAUCCUUAACUUUGAAAACUACUCAUGAUUAUUCCAUAUCACUGGAGCAAAC